UCUCGUCAGGAGAGGGUAUCGGACUUCCUGGUUGGCUCGUUGUGUUGUCCUUCGAUCCGCAAAGCUUUCUGGAUCUGACUGAGAGGGAUGCAGGUAGACAGCGGCCUGUUUUAAAGCUCGCCCCCCCCCGCAGUAGUUAGCGUACGAACGAGGCUAAUUAACGCCUCGUCGAAACCGAGGGAGCGGUGUAAGCUGGACCCCGGCCGCGGAGCCGUUGAGUUCCCGUAGAUAAGUGAGGUUAGCUGGUACUGCGCAAACAGACGGAGCGGCGGAGAGGACACUCGCUCUCAGUUUGGUGUGUUUUAACUUCCAGAGGCUGGAAACUACGCUAGGACAUCAAGAAACUCUUGUCAACAAACCGGUAGAUAGUGAGCAUGUGGUCGGAGCCACGGGCGUUGUAGGAUGUUGAGCCCGGCGCACCGCACCAGGGACAUCGAGCGCCAAGCUGGCUACCUGAAGCCCGAGCACUGCGCCCCUCCCCCGCCCAGCACCGGCUCCAACACCAUGUGGUUCAUCCGCGACGGCUGCGGCAUCGUGUGCGGCGUCAUCACCUGGUUCCUGGUCUUCUACGCCGAGUUUGUGGUGGUGUUUGUCAUGCUGCUGCCUGCCAAGAACGUGGCCUACAGCCUCUUCAAUGGGGUGAUCUUCAACGGCCUCGCUUUCCUCGCCCUCGCCUCCCACGCCAAGGCGAUGUGCACAGACCCGGGAGCCGUGCCUAAAGGGAAUGCUACCAAAGAGUUCAUUGAAAGCCUGCAGCUAAAACCAGGACAGGUGGUGUACAAGUGUCCCAAGUGCUGCAGCAUCAAGCCCGACAGAGCUCACCACUGCAGUGUGUGCAAACGCUGCAUCAAAAAGAUGGACCACCACUGUCCCUGGGUGAACAACUGUGUCGGAGAGAGCAACCAAAAGUACUUUGUCCUCUUCACAAUGUAUAUUGCACUAAUAUCCUUCCAUUCACUAGUCAUGGUGGCCUUCCAUUUUGUUUUCUGCAUUGAAGAAGACUGGACAAAAUGCAGUAGCUUCUCUCCACCAGCAACUGUCGUCCUCCUCAUCCUCCUCUGCUUCGAGGGUCUUCUUUUUCUGAUCUUCACUGCAGUCAUGUUUGGGACGCAGGUCCACUCCAUCUGCACCGAUGAGACAGGUAUCGAACAGCUAAAGAAGGAGGAGAGACGAUGGGCCAAAAAGUCAAAAUGGAUGAAUCUGAAGGUGGUAUUUGGCCAUCCAUUCUCCAUAGCCUGGCUGAGCCCCUUUGCACCACCCGACCACGGCAAGGCAGACUUGUACCAGUACAUUGUGUGAAAUCUGGAAACCUGGCUGAGCUCUGCCGUGGGCUGAUCAGUCUGCCCUCCUGUUGGCUGGACCUCAAUGAGCAUAAACUCCUUUUAACCACAUCUGCGUAUUCUUUCGUUUAUGGAUAUUUCAUUUAUGGAUAUUUCAGGGUGUUCUGUUGUAAGCAAUUAUGAUGUCAAAAGUAUGUCACCUUUUUAUUUUAUUGUAUUUUCCCCUCUUGUUACUCACUGAGAUUAAUGAUGUAUAGCUGUACAGAAAAGCUCUACAAGAAUACAAAAAAAACAUUAACUGAGCAGCAACAACUUGACAAGAAGCACUUGGUGAUACGACACCAAGAGACUGAAAUUUCCUGCAGCAUGUCUGACCAUUUCCUGCUUCCAAGACUAAACGAUGUGAACUGGAAACUGAAGUCCAGAAUGUUUUCAAUCAGAGCAGCGCGGCCUGCGUGCCAAGAUGGACACCUAGUUCUCUGUCUUCCUGUAAACAUUGCUGUGAUCCUGUCACUUCUUCAUUUGCUGUAUUUCUGCCAUUGCAGUAGUCUUUUGCUGAGUGCUGCGGAUUAAUCGCCUUAGAACAGUGCAUUAGUAAACAGUGGCAUCUGCUAUUUUUAAAGACAGCGGUUAUUUUGCCUUAAUGUUACAGUCAGGGUGAGACAGGAUCACGUUGGUUAAAUACUAUUUUAAAUGAGUUGCAUCCUUUUUGAUGCCAGAUUACUGUGAAGGACAUUGAAAGGCUGCUAGACAAAGAGCAACAAUAGCCUCACAGUGGCCAAGUGAAGUUAUCAUACUUAAGAUUACCAUGAUAAUAGCAAGUGCGAUUUCAAUAUUACAGCAAACGCUCUUUGAGCAGCUACUUUGUCAGAAAUACAACAGAAGAACAACUGGUGAAUUUGUUAACAGUGAAGCCAAACACAAUUAAAAACUAAGUCCAUAAUUGGCACAUUUUUUAAAUGAGUGCAAGUUUCCAUCUACUACCAUUAUGUGAACAUUAAGACUUUGACAUAGUGAGAUGAAACAGCUAUUGGUGCUAAUUCUUCAGUUGCGUGCCAUUAAACAAUUGCAGAAGAAGAGGGCACAUCAAGUUGCUCUAAAUUUGAAUUUUCAGCAUCACUCAGCUGUUUUUAAUGCGCAAAUUGAAAAUGUGCUCCUGAUGAAAACACACUUAGUGAGGCAGAUAUCAAUGAGAUAGAUAAAAAAAACAGCAACCCUGGAUUCCAUGCUAGGCUCACUUUUUACGAUGGCAAUUUGAAAAUGGUGUCAGAAUAGAAAACCACUAUUUAGAGAGUUAAUCAAGGACUUUAUUUACAUUGAAUGGCUAUUGAAACAAUGACUACAAUAAAUAGUAUUAAACAUGGGGUUUGAAAUCAUGAAAAUCUUCAGGAUUCUAACUUAUUAUAACAUGUUUGGCAGGUUAACAAAGUCUUGUUUCUAGUCCAAAAGGCAGCUCGGCUUGUACAAUAUUGAAAGUGACACUUCAGUUGGAGAAACUACCGGUUAGUUUGACCAGUUUCCUUCUUUUGAUUAUCUGACGACUCUUGUGUGUAGUAAAUCCAGCCGACCUCUUUGCUUGAACCGUUUCCAUCACAGUCACCAGCUCAAAUGGACAGUCAGGGAAUACAGCAAUACACGUUGCUCUCUGAAUGCACUGACCCUAAGUGUAAUUCACUCUCUCUCAAUUGAUGUAAUUUGCCUAUGGAUAAUCCAGUUUGUCGUAGAUUGUAGCUGCCUUACAGGAUAAAACGAAUAAAAUUUAGGCCAGUGGAAAAUGUUCACUGAGGCCUGAAAGACCACUGCGGAAAUGCACGUUUUAAUUGUCACAGCUGCGACAGUACUAUGCCAGUCUGUGUGAAGAGCACAGAUUUUACAUUUGGUGAUGAGAAUUUCCUACAGAUCGGAAAUAGGCCACUUCAAAGCAUUUAACACUAAAAUGCCUUUUCUCAAAUGUCUUCGAAAGCCUUACAGUAAUUAUAAAAUGUGUUUUUAAGGGUGAUGAAAGACAUUUUUGAACAUACACGUUGCCAAAUUUAAUGCAUAAUGAAGGGAGGCAUUGAAGUAACUGUUUUAAUGGUAGAGCGUUGUCAAGAAGUUUCUAAGGCUUUUAAAAAUCACUCCAGUUUUUAAAUAAAUGUAUAAAACAUUACCAUGAUAUGGAGAUGCACCAGUUGCUAUCCAGUUUACACAUAUAGUAUACCAGCUUUCUUAAUUUUUCUUGAAUUGUUCAGUAUGUUCUUUGGUCAGGUGUGAAUACCAUUUAUAGUACUUACAGUGGACCACAUGAUGUUUGUUUUUUUUUCUUCUUUUGACUGGUAUUUGUUUAAAGAGAUAUGAAAUAAAACCAUAUGUAUAUGACACAA